AUGGCUUCUUAUAUCGAAGCAGGUCGGGGGUCAAAUAACCCUGGGUUUCUCCUUUGGUUGUUGCUACUCGGCUUGGUCGGUUGCCAUACAUACCCAAACGGCGAGAAGGAUAAAACGCCGCAUCCCAGUUUUCUGUUCUUCCAGGCGGCUGUUAGGAGACAAGCCAAGGAAAUGGCUAUUUCGACUUGGUUAGAAGCAAGAGUCGUCCUAGCUGAAGUGGUAUGGCCCAGUGCAAGCGAUAGAAGCGAGUUCAUCAAGGACUUCUGGGAUGAAGCUAUGUCUAUGGAUUCGAUGGUUUAG